CUUUGAGGUUUAUAUUUUGUCCUUGGUGAGCGGAGUUCUCUCUGCUUCCUUGUUGCCGUGUCCUGCGAUGCCGUCCUACAUCCCGCCCAGCCACCACCAUGUCCUGCCUCUCCUCAGGCCCAGAGCUAUGGAAUUGGCCGACCAUGGACUGAUCCUCUGAAACUGAAACAAACUGGAUGAAAGUCCAGGGGCUGGGACUUCCUCCUUGGUGUGUUUGACAAGGACUGACGUAUUCUAAGUCCUUUGAAUCCCGGAAGUCCAGGACACACCCAGCUUCGAUUGCACUGUCCAGAAUGCUGGAGUGUAGGUAAAAGGACAAAAGGAAAAACAUUUCAGCAUGAGGGACCCACUGACAGAUUGUUCGUAUAAUAAGGUAUACAAGAGCCUAAAGGAGUUUUCUCAAAAUGGAGAGAAUUUCUGCAAGCAGGUCACAUCUGUUCUUCAGCAAAGGGCUAACCUAGAGAUGAGCUACGCCAAAGGGCUCCAGAAGCUGGCAAUCAAGCUGAGUAAAGCAUUACAGAACACAAAGAAAAACUGUCUCAGCAAUGCCUGGGCCUGGGCCUCGGAGGGCAUGAGAUCCACAGCGGACCUGCAUCAAAAACUUGGCAAAGCAAUUGAGUUGGAAGCAAUAAAACCAACUCAUCAAGUCCUGAGUAUGCAAGAGAAAAAGAGGAAAUCGCUUGAUAAUGAAGUUGAAAAGACAGCAAAUCUUGUUAUCAGCAAUUGGAAUCAGCAAAUUAAGGCUAAGAAAAAAUUAAUGGUGAGUACUAAGAAGCAUGAAGCACUUUUCCAUCUUGUAGAAAGCUCCAAGCAAUCCAUGACUCAGAAGGAGAAGCAGAAGCUCCUCAAUAAACUGAAAAAAUCAACUGAAAAGCUGGAAAAGGAAGAUGAAAAUUACUACCAAAAAAACAUGGCAGGCUAUUCUACUAGACUGAAGUGGGAAAAUACACUAGAAAACUGCUACAAGAGCAUCCUGGACCUGGAGAAGGAAAGAACUCAACUUCUAUGCAAUAACUUAAACCAGUACAGCCAGCAUAUUUCUCUUUUUGGCCAAACCCUGACCACAUGCCACACACAGAUUCACUGUGCCAUCAACAAGAUUGAUGUCGAAAAAGAUAUCCAAGCGCUAAUAGAAGAAACUGCAAAUUUAUCUACAGAAAACAAAUCUGAAUUCCUACUGACCGAUUACUUUGAAGAAGAUCCUAACAAUGCAAUGGAUAAAGAGAGACGAAAGUCUUUAAUAAAACCGAAAUUGUUGAGACUGCAAAAAGACAUUGAAAAAGCCUCCAGAGACAGGGAAGGCCUGGAGCGAAUGCUUACUGUGUACUCCAGCAGCUCCUCCUUCUCCAAUGCAAAGAACCAGAAAGACACAGCUGCGUUAAUGGAUGAGAACAAUUUGAAACUAGACCUUCUGCAAGCCAACUCCUAUAAACUGUCAUCAGUAUUAGCAGAACUUGAGCAAAGACCUAAACCCAGCCAUCCCUGUAGUACCUCCAUCUUCAAGUGGAAAGAAAAGGAGCAUACUCAUACUUAUGUGAAAAUAUCUCGACCUUUUUUGGCAAAAAGAUUAGAGAAUGUCGUGAGCAGGACUUCUGGUGAACAGCGUAAUUCAGGCCUCUCAUCUUCAGCCUCUGGCGUGGCCCGGCUCAGCAACAGUCUUUGCAAGGCCUUGUAUUCUUUUCAAGCCAGGCAAGAUGAUGAAUUGAAUUUGGAAAAAGGAGACAUUGUGACUUUACAUGAGAAGAAAGAAGAAGGAUGGUGGUUUGGAUCUUUAAAUGGAAAAAAAGGCCAUUUUCCUGCGGCUUAUGUGGAAGAGCUACCUUCAAAGCCUGGGAACACAGCUACACAGGCAUAAAACAAACACCUUAGCACAUUGACUUACUUUGUAAACUCUGCAGUGUGGUGCACAUAAAAAUAAAGUGCUGUAAUCUC